CGCCCCGCUCGGACUCGCUGCGGCUGUCGGCCGAGGACAUGGUGCAGGUGGCCAACGGCGGCGCGCGCACCGCGUCGGGCGCGCUGGCGCACUUCCUGGCCGCCUACACGCCCGCCGAGCUGGCGCUGGCGCGCUCCGACUACCUGCGCGCGCCGCCGUCGCCCGCGCGCCCGCCGCGGGGCCCGCGCUCGGCGCUGUCGCUGCGCGCCGCCAGCGAGGAGCCGGCGCGCCUGCUGCGGCCGCCCGCGCACUACGCGGGGUACGCGGGGUACGGCUACACGCACAGCGUGCACACGCUGCGCCGCCAGGGCCGCGCGCGCUCCCCGCCCUCGCCGCCCAACUUCGAGUUGAGCUGCGACUGCCUGCCCGUGGACCCCAUCCCGCCGCCGGAGCUCUUCGACUUCUAGAUCGACUCGCUUUCCUUCGAAUUUUGUAAAAAUUAACUGGCGCCACCGUCGCUGGCGGCACGAGCCGCGGGCCGCUCCCCCUCGCGACGUUACGAAUGAUGCGUUUGACAAUCAUCUACUUAUAUUGUUAUUCCUCGUCGAAUCCUCAUUCG